UAAUGUAAUGUAAUUUUGUCACCCAAAAUGAUAAGGUCAACUAACAUCCAAACAUUUUCCCACGUUUCUCACUCUAUCUUCCCCAAAAAAAGUCCAACCUCUUUCUCUCACUAACACUUUAUCUCUCCUCCGCCAUUGCAGAACCUCAAAACUGAGCUCCAUUACCAAAAAUGGAGUCAGAUCCCCUCCAUUCCCCAGCCCACCACCACCCAAACUCCAAAACCGCACUCCUCUCUUUCCACACAGACUCCUCCAUCACCACCUCCGCCGCAAAACCCACCUUCCAAAACAAAGUACUCCUCAUUUCACUCCUAUCCACCACCUUCACAGCCGUCAUCGCCGCCGUCUCCUUCGCUUUCCUCUUCUUAUCCGCCACUUCCGCCGCCGCCGGCGAAUCCAAAACCAUCAAAAUCACAACAACAGCUCGCUCACUCACUAAACUCACUCACCCAAUCGUAAUCCUAAUCUCCUCAGACGGGUUCCGAUUCGGGUACCAAUUCAAAGCCCCAACACCCAACAUACACCGUCUAAUCAACAAUGGAACUUCAGCUGAAUUAGGUUUAAUCCCAGUUUUCCCAACCCUAACAUUCCCAAACCAUUACUCAAUCGUUACGGGUCUAUACCCGCCCCAUCACGGCAUUAUUAACAACUAUUUCGUCGACCCGAUUACAGGCGAUAAGUUCUCAAUGGCCAGCCACGAGCCGAAGUGGUGGCUCGGGGAACCACUCUGGGAGACGGUGGCGAAACACGGCAAGAAGGCGGCGACGUAUUUCUGGCCCGGAUCCGAGGUAAUCAAACCCGACUGGGAUUGUCCUUCUAAUUACUGCAUCCAUUAUAAUGGUUCAAUCCCUUUUGAAGAACGUGUUGAUACUGUUAUUAGCUACUUUGAUUUACCCAUUAACGAAAUACCCGUUUUCAUGACGCUUUAUUUCGAGGACCCGGAUCAUCAGGGUCACCAAGUCGGGCCUGAUGACCCGGAAAUCACUCAAGCUGUUAUCAACAUUGAUAAGAUGAUUGGGAGAUUAAUUAAAGGGUUAGAGAAAAGAGGGGUGUUUGAGGAUGUUAACAUUUUCAUGGUAGGUGAUCAUGGAAUGGUGGGCACUUGUGAUAAGAAGUUAAUCUUUUUAGAUGAUUUAGAAAUUCCAUCAAAUUGGGUUCAAUCUUACACUCCAUUGUUAGCAAUUAGUCCUCCACCCGAGUUUUCACCUGCAGAAAUUGUGGCAAAGAUGAAUUCUGGGUUGCAAUCUGGGAAAGUUGUAAAUGGGAAGCAUUUGAAGGUUUAUUUGAAGGAAGAUCUUCCUAAAAGGUUGCAUUAUUCUGAUAGUUAUAGGAUUCCUCCUAUAAUUGGGCUUCUUGAUGAGGGUUAUAAAGUUGAACAGAAGGAUUCUAACAAGAAUGAAUGUGGUGGUGCUCAUGGUUAUGAUAAUGAGUAUUUCUCAAUGAGGACUAUUUUUAUAGCUCAUGGACCUCAGUUUGCUAAGGGGAGGAAGGUGCCAUCGUUUGAAAAUGUGCAGAUUUAUAACUUGGUUACUUCGAUUCUUGAUGUUGAAGGUGCACCUAAUAAUGGGAGUGUUUCGUUUCCUAACUCUGUUCUUUUGCCUCAUGCCUGAAAAUUACACUGUUUAUGCAUCUAUAGAGUGACUAUAGAAUGAGAAUUCUGGUGUUGUUGUAGUGAUUAUCAUGUUGUGGAGGUUCUGUAAUCUGUAUUGGUGUAAAUACUUCAGUCUGCUAGUAGUUCAUGUCAGCUUAAGUUUGACUGAGAUGCAUUACUUGAGAUGUUUGGCAGAAUUAUUCUUCAGUCACAGUUGAUUAUGCAGAAUUCUUCUCCACUCACAGUUAUGCAGAAUUUUUCUUCACUCACAGUUAUGGGAGUGUUUUGUUUCCUAACUCUGUUCUUUUGGCUCAUGCCUGAAGUAGUCACACUGUUUAGGCAUCUAUAGAGUGAGAAUUUUCUGGUCUUGUCGAAGUGAUUAUCAUGUUGUGGAAGUUCUGUAUUGGUGUAAGUUCUUCAAUCUGCUAUAUAGUAGUUCAUGUCAGCUUAAGUUAACUUGGUUACUUCGACACUCAACAUUGAAGCAGCACCAAAAUAAUGGGAGUGUUUCAUUAUC